AUGGACUCAUGGAUCGCACACGGCGCCGUCAUAGCUGUUGGCUGGCAUCCACUGACAUCAGGCACUGAAGAGGACUGGCAGCGUUUCACCACUCUGAUAUCUUCCCCUGAGGUUACUGCUCUGGGGGAGAUUGGGCUUGAUAGGACCGAACAGCCAGACACUUGGUUUACACAGAUGCUCAAUAUGGAGAAGACCCUGUCGACACUAGGACCAAAACCUGUCUUAGUGCUCCACAGUCGCAGCUCGAAAGACACCCAAACGCCUGAUGAAAGCUGGUUCACUAUUCUACAAAUGCAUAGGAACCACCCCAAAGUAGGUAGGGACCGUCUCGUCCACUGUCAUUGCUUCACAGGGACGCAAGCCUUGACUCCCAGGUGGCUGGAGGAGUUUCCGAACACAUACUUCGGAUAUACCAACCUGGUAAGGAAGUUCUCAGAAAAAGAUGACGCUGAGAAACUGGAAAGCAUCCGACGCAUGGAGCCCGGGAGGAUGUUGUUAGAGACAGAUGCCCCAUACUUCGGCAACGGAGGAGCUCGACGUAACACCCCUGCACUACUGGGAUAUGCUGCAUUAGAAGUCGGUAGAAUUCGUGAUGAGCCAUGGAAGGACCUACUCCUUAUAUGCUCAGAGAAUGCAUACCGGUUAUAUGUCCAGGGCCAACCUUCUUAG